AUGGCCAUGACGCCGUCCGAACAGAAGCGCAGCUCGACUGGCAGUCGCGUGUUGGGCAUGACGGGCCCAGCAGGCGAGCCCGGCCUGCCACCCUCGCGACCGUCGUCGAUUGCGACUGCCAAUUCGGGCAGCCAGAACAGAUGGUCCCAGGCCAGCCCUGCACGACGAGGCGGCGGCAUGAGCGUCGCCGGCAGUCUAGGACACAGCCGCCCAACGACGUCUGCCAGUAGAACCCAUGUUCCGCUGGCAGCCCACGGCUUCUUUCGCCCCAUGAGCUCGCAGCGUCUUCAACAACAACGCAACCAGCGCCCCAAUUCCCUCCUCGGCCACGGCUCGCUCUAUUCCGACGCUACACACGAAACGGGCAGCAAUCCGUACCGCCAGAGUACAGGCUCUACGCAAACAAUUCGGCACGGCGCCCCAACCCUGGGCCUCCAUCACGAGCUGGACCCGCAGCCUCCGCCGUCGCGCGGCACCGACAUCACCGAUAGAGACAUGCCCGACCGCACCACAGCCAACACCACGCCCACGGGCGCAGAAACAGUGCGCAGUCGAGGCGAGAGCAUCACUCCCCUGCAGCGACCCAGGCCUCAGCACCUGGAUCUCUCCAAUGUUCAUGGCCACGAUCCCGGCAAGCUCCCAACGCCCAGCAAAUCGCCCCGCUCUUUCGGUUCCAGCUUCAUGUUGUCCAGUCGCGACGGACGCUCAGCCCAAAUACGACCCCAUCAAGGACACGAGAAACUCACCUCUGCCGAGUCGUCACCCAGAAUAGCCCGCAAAGAAGCUACUAAGGAGGCAGUCAAGCGGGAGCUCGGCAGGAACUACCAGUACUUCUCUGGCAAUACCGCGUUUUGCUGGGGCGGUAGAUUACAAAAUACCCGCGACCGUCCAGUCAACGUCGCCACGGCAAUCCUCAUCAUCUUACCUGCUGGCCUUUUUUUCGGCUUCUCGGCCCCUUGGCUAUGGACCAACGUUUCUCCAUCGAUACCCAUCCUCUUUGCAUAUUUGCUUCUCGUCUCCAUCUCCUCUUUCCUUCAUGCUUCAGCUUCAGAUCCGGGCAUACUUCCGCGAAAUCUACAUCCAUUCCCCCCUCCUAAUCCUAAUGACGAUCCGCUCAGUCUCGGUCCGCCCACCACUGAGUGGACCAUGGUGGUCUCCGCAACCGGUACGAAUGCAGCUAUGGAGGUGCCGACGAAAUAUUGCAAGAGUUGCAACAUCUGGCGACCUCCACGUGCUCACCAUUGCCGUGUAUGUGACAAUUGCAUCGAGACGCAAGAUCACCAUUGCGUCUGGCUCAACAAUUGCGUGGGACGCCGCAACUACCGUUACUUCUUUGUCUUCGUGUGCGCCACCACGUUGCUAGGUCUUUUCCUCCUGGGCGCUAGUCUGGCACACAUACUAGUCUGGCGGGCGCAAACUGGAGCAUCCUUUGGCGAGGCCAUCGAUCGAUGGCGUGUACCCUUUGCCAUGUGUAUAUACGGACUCCUCGGGUGGUCAUAUCCCUUCAGUCUUGGCAUAUACCAUCUGUUCCUGGUUGGUAGGGGCGAAACGACACGUGAAUAUUUGAACUCACACAAGUUCCUCAAAAAGGAUCGGCAUAGGCCCUUCACGCAGGGCUCCGCGUUAAAAAACUGGGUUGCUGUAUUACAGCGACCACGCCCACCGACCUAUCUCCAUUUCAAGAGAAAGUACGAGGAGGGCGACCAAAGGUUUGGCUCGCGCAAAGACAAACGGACUGCGCCUCUAGUGCCAGAGCAACAGGGCGGCGGGGUGGAGAUGCAGGAUGUUAGUGGGUCUGGGGCAUUCCAGGGCCCAGCCAGUAGGUCAGGACGUGACGCUGCAGACGCGACUGUGGCAUGA